UCAGAUUUGCAUGUGGCCUCAGUCCACUCCAGAGCUCUCCUGUUCGACUCAGAUAGAAGAUCCUCUCAUUCAGCUCUUAUAAAUGAACUUGUUAAUGACUUGUGGAUUAUAACAGAGAGCGUUACUGCAGCACUGCUAUAUUGUUCAUGUGAAACUUCGGUAAAAGUGGAGUUUGCACUUUGAGCUGAGGGAGAUGACUGUGCCGGUAGAACUCUGUUUGCUGGCAUGUUUAACUCUGACUGUUGGAUUGACGUUGGGUUUGGGGCCAAACAAAGAACUGGAGUUUACAUUUCUAUUACCUGCUGGUAGCACAGAAUGUUUUUUCCAACCUACAGAGCACAGCGGCAGCAUGGAGGUUGAAUAUCAGGUGAUAGCUGGAUCAGGUCUGGAUGUUGGCUUUAGCCUCAUCUCACCCAGCGGAGGUCGGCUGGUCUCUGACUUCAGAAAAUCUGAUGCCAUUCACAUGGUGCACCCCACAGAGGAUGGAGACUACAGGCUAUGCUUUGACAACAGCUACAGUAAGGUGUCAGAGAAGAUGUUAUUCUUUAGGGUGACUGUUAAUAAUCAGAACACCACAGGUGGAGAUCAGGAUGAGUGGGAAUUCUUGCCUUUACCAGAGAGCGAGUUGGACUUCAGACUGGACUACAUAAGGCAAACCCUGGACUCCAUGUACCAGCGUCUGGAGAGGAGCCGCCAUGUCCAGAAUGCGCUGCGGGCCUUUGAGGCCCGGGACCGCUACCUUCUGGAGGACAACCUUUGGCGGGUGUCCUUCUGGUCCUGCAUCAACCUCCUGGUCAUGCUGGCUGUGGCUGUCACCCAAAUCUACACCCUGCGAAGCCUCUUUAAUGAGAACAAGCGUGUGAGAACAUAGUACAAACAAAUCGGCUUCAUUGUAAUGCAAUGACUCAAGACUUCCUACUGACAUGUGCAGCUAAAUUUAAAUGAGUAGUUCACUCUUGAACAAAAGACUUGUAAUGCAUGGGGGAACAUUUUAUUUUAAUCAAACACUUGCUUUGAAAUAUAACCCUAAUUCCCCAAAAAUUGGGGAACUGUGCAAAAUGUAAAUAAAAAGUGAUUUUCAAAUCUCAUAAACCAAUAUUUUAUUCACAAUGAAACAUAAAAAGCAAAUCAGAUGAAGCUGAGAAACUUCACUGUUUCAUUUUUAGUUUGGUGGCAUCUCAAAAAAGGAGGAACAGGACCUUCUCUGCCAUUGUGUAGCAUCCCCUCUUCUUUCAACAACAGUCUGUAAUCGAGGAGGAGAGCUGUUGCUGGAGUUUUUGAAGAGGAAAGUUGUCCCAUUCUUGUUUGUUUCUUAUUGGUGAAAGGUCUCGAGUGCAGGCAGGCCUGUUCAUCACCUGGACUGUUCAAGGUUCAAGCCAUCCUUUUUUGAUGGGCGCAGUAUGUGGUUUCUCAAAUUGUCUUGCUAAACCACAUACCAAUGGUGGGAUUUUAAAAGUCUUCGCAGUUUUACAUUGAAUAAUGUUUUUCUGAGUGUCCCACAUUUUUUAGAUGCAGGUGUUCACAGGUGAUCAUAGUCUCACUGGAACCACAAACUAAGACCUGUACUGUAGUAUACACACAAACUCAAAUGCUCUUUAAGAUAUACAUGAGCAUAUUUUAUUUUCAACACUGAUUUUUGGAAAAUGUCAUUAUAGAAGAUUGAAAACCAAAGCUGUUCUCACUGGAAUGUUAUUUAUUAAAGUUCAGAUACUACAUUUCACAUCUACAUUUAUAACUUUAAGCAAUAUUCUGUCAAAGCCAACAAAAAACCUUGUACCAAAUUUCAAAACCCCCACCGCCUGAGAAUGCACUGUAACAAUGGUUUUCCUAAACUGUAUUUUAACAAGUCUUUAUUUAUAUUAUAUAAAGCAUAUAUUCACAUGUUCCUAACAGCUAUCUCCCUGAUCAACGCCUCCAUCUAUCUGGAGUUAAAGAAGGCACAAAAGUCAAGUCAUACAGCUGGGGAUUACAGUAAGCUUUGGCUGUAAAUCCAUUUCCUGUGUAUCAGAUGCUGUCCAGUCAUUUGCCUAAUGAAAUUGCACUUUUGUAAAACAUACAUAAAGCUGGUGGUGGCAAACUUACUCUCCACACUGCCACUGUAUUAAUCUGACAUUAUGCUUAAACUUCCCAGGAAUACUUGGCAUCAUUAUUUUGGUAUUGAAAAGCAUUAUUGCAUGAAAACAUGAUCAUCUGUCUCCAUGAUAGAAAUGUGUUCUGUAAUUUCCCCCCCAAGAGCUUGCCUGUAUUUUUGUGUUACUGAUUAAAAGCUUUCUGGGAGGUACGAACAGGACAUUUAUGCAUCAGACGUUUGUGUUUAAUGUGUUUUUUACAAAAUAACAACUAAGCUUUAUAAAAUAAAAAUAUUUUAGUGUUAAGGUCUAUUUCGACAUUGUCAGAAUGGUGAAAACUACUUACAGUCUGUUUCUAAAACUAAAAAUGGCCAUUGUAGGUUUAUAGACAGUUCUGCAGCUUUUUCUCUUUGAGUGAACUGAAAGUAAGACAUGUAGCUCCCCUGCAGUCCUGCUGCUGCCAUGGACUGUAGUCAUUUCAUGUUCACCUCAGGCUCAUCAAGGUCACCACUGGUUUCGACGGGGAGCCGGGCGCCUGUUCAGGAAGAAUCAACCAACAUUAAUCUCUUCAACGUAUGGCAUGCUCUUUGACAGGCAAUAGCACUACAGGAUCCAGUCACAGGAACAGCAAGGUCAUUUGUAACAAGGCAGUCGUGCUUGGCUAAGAGAGAUCAUCCUUUAUCCUCAUUAGAAGAUAAAAUUAGACACAACCUGGAGUAAUUUAUGCAGCAGCUCGAGUAGAAUUCCAUUUUAUAAUGUGACUCUUUACAAGUUUGCACUGCUGAAGAACUUUGCUUAUUUAGCACUGAAGUGAUUUAUUAUUAUUCUGAAGGAGUCAUAAUAAAGUCUAUGGAAGCUGUCAUGU